CGCUCCCUGCGAGCCGCCGUUCACUGACUGCCUCCCUUCCUUCUUUCUCCCUCCGCCACCCGAGCACCAGCCGCGCUCUGAGCUGCCCCCGGGGUCCCUCCCCCGCCGCCAGAGGAGCAGCUGCCGCCGCCGCCGCCGCCAGCAGCAAAUUGGGAGGGAGGAAAGGGCGAAAGGAGGAAGGAAGGGAGCCAGGGCGACUAACCAGAGGGAGCCGGUGAAUGGGCUGGUGGUGACCCCCGCUCCCCACCCCACCCUCCCUUCCCACCCGACCCCCAACCCCCAUCCCCAGUUAGAGCCGCCGCCCCAGAGGCCGGACCGUCGUCUUAGGAGGAGUAGCCGCUGCCACCUCCGCCAUGGAGCUGAUCACCAUCCUCGAGAAGACCGUGUCUCCGGAUCGGCUGGAACUAGAAGCGGCGCAGAAGUUCCUGGAGCGUGCGGCCGUGGAAAACCUGCCCACUUUCCUUGUGGAACUGUCCAGAGUGCUAGCAAAUCCAGGAAACAGUCAAGUUGCCAGAGUUGCAGCAGGUCUACAAAUCAAGAACUCUUUGACAUCUAAAGAUCCAGAUAUCAAGGCACAAUAUCAGCAGAGGUGGCUUGCAAUUGAUGCUAAUGCUCGACGGGAAGUCAAGAAUUAUGUUUUGCAGACUUUGGGCACAGAAACCUACCGGCCUAGUUCAGCCUCGCAGUGUGUGGCUGGCAUUGCUUGUGCAGAGAUCCCAGUGAACCAGUGGCCAGAACUCAUUCCUCAGCUGGUGGCCAAUGUCACAAAUCCCAACAGCACAGAGCACAUGAAAGAGUCGACAUUGGAAGCUAUUGGUUACAUUUGCCAAGAUAUCGACCCAGAGCAGCUACAAGAUAAAUCCAAUGAGAUUCUGACUGCCAUAAUUCAGGGGAUGAGGAAAGAAGAGCCUAGUAAUAAUGUGAAGCUAGCAGCUACUAACGCACUCCUGAACUCAUUGGAGUUCACCAAAGCUAACUUUGACAAAGAGUCCGAAAGGCACUUUAUUAUGCAGGUGGUUUGUGAAGCCACACAGUGUCCAGAUACGAGGGUUCGAGUGGCUGCCUUACAGAAUCUGGUGAAAAUAAUGUCCUUGUAUUAUCAGUACAUGGAGACAUACAUGGGUCCUGCUCUUUUUGCAAUCACAAUUGAAGCAAUGAAAAGUGAUAUUGAUGAAGUGGCCCUACAAGGGAUAGAAUUCUGGUCCAAUGUCUGUGAUGAGGAAAUGGAUUUGGCCAUUGAGGCUUCAGAGGCAGCAGAACAAGGACGGCCCCCUGAGCACACCAGCAAGUUUUAUGCCAAGGGAGCACUACAGUACCUGGUUCCAAUCCUCACACAGACACUAACUAAACAGGAUGAAAAUGAUGAUGACGACGACUGGAAUCCCUGCAAAGCAGCCGGGGUGUGCAUCAUGCUUCUGGCCACCUGCUGUGAAGAUGACAUUGUCCCCCAUGUCCUCCCCUUCAUUAAAGAACACAUCAAGAACCCUGAUUGGCGGUACCGGGAUGCAGCAGUGAUGGCUUUUGGCUGUAUCUUGGAAGGACCAGAGCCCAAUCAGCUCAAACCACUAGUUAUACAGGCUAUGCCCACCCUAAUAGAAUUAAUGAAAGACCCCAGUGUAGUUGUUCGAGAUACAACUGCAUGGACUGUGGGCAGAAUUUGUGAACUGCUCCCUGAAGCUGCCAUCAAUGAUGUCUACUUGACUCCCCUGCUGCAGUGUCUGAUCGAGGGCCUCAGUGCUGAACCCAGAGUGGCUUCAAAUGUGUGCUGGGCUUUCUCUAGUCUGGCUGAAGCUGCUUAUGAAGCUGCAGACGUAGCCGAUGAUCAGGAAGAACCAGCUACCUAUUGCUUGUCGUCUUCUUUUGAACUAAUAGUUCAGAAGCUCCUGGAGACCACGGACAGACCUGAUGGACACCAGAACAAUCUGAGGAGUUCUGCAUAUGAAUCUCUGAUGGAAAUUGUGAAAAACAGUGCCAAGGAUUGUUACCCUGCAGUUCAGAAAACUACUCUAGUCAUCAUGGAGCGACUUCAACAAGUACUUCAGAUGGAGUCACACAUCCAGAGCACAUCGGACAGGAUCCAGUUCAAUGACCUUCAGUCUCUACUCUGCGCAACUCUUCAGAAUGUUCUCCGGAAAGUGCAACAUCAAGAUGCUUUGCAGAUCUCUGAUGUCGUCAUGGCUUCCCUGUUAAGGAUGUUCCAAAGCACGGCUGGGUCAGGGGGAGUUCAAGAGGAUGCCCUAAUGGCAGUUAGCACACUAGUGGAAGUGUUGGGUGGUGAAUUCCUAAAGUACAUGGAGGCCUUUAAACCCUUCCUGGGCAUUGGAUUGAAAAACUAUGCUGAGUACCAGGUUUGCUUGGCAGCAGUGGGCCUGGUGGGAGACCUGUGCCGUGCGCUGCAGUCCAGCAUCCUGCCAUUCUGCGACGAGGUGAUGCAGCUGCUGCUGGAAAACUUGGGGGUGAGUGAGUGAGCUGCCACACACAG